AUGAAUGGGCCUGGAACCGAAGUUCAAACCGAGCGCACAUCUCCCCCGUCUGCUCCCUUCGGAUACUCCUUUCUCUCUCCCAUGGAUACCCCCUUUGGGCAGGCACCUGCUUUGCCACCAGGACCUUCUCUUCUUGAUGAUAAUGAAUCUAAUAUGCUCGACAACUUCUUUACUACCAUGAACGCAAACCACUUUACGAAUGAUUUUUGGAUGCGACAAGAACAUAAACCUGGCGUACCCGACUUUGACUGGUCAGCUGAGCUGCCACCCAACUUCGAGGGCUCAACUACCUCCCUGUCACAGCCUUCAUUCCAGCAGCACGGGAUAGGUAAAACGGCUGGAACAAUGAUGACAAGCAACCCUACAAGCUCCGACAUCUUCGCCGCAGCCUCCAUGCUUUACCAUACCGGUCUGAACGGAUCGGAGGUAGGAUCCACGUCAGCACACCAGGCUUUCCCGGGACAAUCUCUCCCCACUCCUGGAACUCAACGAACAAAUAACUCACAUGCUGGCAAUACUCCACGGGGUUCAACUUCAUCUCCACCCCGGGCUGACGUCCCGGCUGGAUAUCAUACUUCGGAGAUGUUUUUUGACGUCCGUGACCCCAUUCCUGUGGACCAGCAUCCAUCACGAAAGGCCCGCAGCUUGCGUUGGGGCUCAGAUGCCAGUUUUAUGGACCAAGGCUAUCUUCGCCCCCCUGACCAGCCCGACGAGGAACAGCGAACAAACGACCUGCUCGAUCAUCUCGGGUGUUUUGAAACCCAAAGCAGUGCAGCAAACACACGAGCACCUAGUCCAGAGUGUAUGACUGGGGCUCCCCCACAGCGAUCUGCCUUCCGAAGCAGUGUUGUCCUGGAUGAGAGCUUACAUCCUCGAAAACGGCAGAGGGCCAUGAAAGAGGAGGUCGAUGAAUACUCUGAUGACGAUGAUGGACGACCUCACUCAAGAAAAUCUAGAGGAUCUAUCAGCAGAGGCCGGCGGGCAUCAACUGAAAUAUCUCGAAAAGCUCGACUGCAGCCAGGAUCAAAAGCUGCACGGGAGAAUCUUACAGAAGAGCAAAAACGGACCAACCACAUUCUUUCGGAGCAGAAACGCCGAAAUCUGAUUCGCCAAGGCUUUGAAGACUUGUGCACACUGGUCCCUGCGCUCAGGGGCGGCGGGUUCAGCAAAAGCGCCAUGCUCACUGGAGCCGCCGACUGGCUUGAAGAUCUUCUCCGAGGGAAUGACAUACUCCAAGGACAACUGCAUGACUUGAAGGGCAUCAAUGGCUUGGUUAUGCCACGAUGA